AUGAGUGGCAGAGAGAAAAGAUGGUCUCUUGAGGGAUUGACUGCUCUUGUUACUGGUGGAACCAAAGGGAUUGGGUAUGCUAUAGUGGAAGAAUUGGCAGGGUUUGGAGCAACUAUUCAUACUUGUGCUCGGAAUGAAGUUGACCUCAAUGACUGCUUGAGUCAAUGGGAGAAGAAGGGUUUCAAGGUCACUGGUUCAGUGUGUGAUGUGGUGUCAAAAUCCCAAAGAGAGGAGCUUAUAAACAAGCUUUCAUCCCUGUUUGAUGGGAAACUUAACAUCCUUAUAAACAAUGUGGGAACAAACAUAACAAAACCAACGACGGAGUUCACAGCUGAAGAUUACACAUUUCUUAUGAGUACCAAUCUUGAAUCUGCUUAUCACUUGUGCCAACUUGCACAUCCUCUGCUCAAAGCUUCAGGAGCCGGCAACAUUGUUUUUGUGUCUUCUGUUGCUGGAGCAAUAAAUCAAUUAGCCAAAAACUUGGCAUGCGAGUGGGCAAAAGAUAACAUAAGAACUAACAGUGUUGCGCCUUGGUUCAUCACAACUCCCCUCGCUGACCACUUUCUCGGCAACGAAAAAUCUUUUAAGAUCAUCAAGUCUCGAACCCCAUUAAGACGCCCAGGAGAGCCAGAAGAGGUGUCUUCCUUGAUAGCAUUUCUGUGCCUACCGGCCGCCUCUUACAUAACUGGCCAAACUAUUUCCGUCGAUGGAGGGGUGACUGUCAAUGGCCUCCUCUUCCAAGGAGCAUGA